AUGGCAUCUUCCACGAGAGGUGAGAUUCUGGACUCAUCAUUCCUGGUAGAAGAGGCGAUGGUCCGAGGCUACAAGGCCGAGCACUACUAUCCCGUCCGGAUCGGCGACGUGUUCCAAGAACGCUACAAGAUCGUCGGUAAACUUGGCUAUGGAUCAGCAUCUACCGUGUGGCUCUGUCGGGACACUCAGGCAUCGGAAGCUUUCGUUGCGUUGAAAGUCUACAUCAACAGCUCCAAGUGGCAUCGGGAACUUCCCAUUUAUGAACACAUUAACAGCCUAGGCUCUAUCCUUCCUGGACUGGUCCACAUGGAAAGCACAUCUGCCUCGUGCAUGAAGCCCUGGGUAAAAAACCUCGAGGAGCUUCGAGAUGUGAUUCCGGAGCGUGUCUUUGAGCCAGACCUCGUGCGAGACACUCUGCGCAACAUCCUACGUGCUCUACACUUCUUACACACGGACGCUGGUGUUAUUCAUACGGACAUACAGCCUAAUAACAUUCGCUUGGGCGUGCGGGAUAGUCCUAUGUUCGAGAGAUUUGAGCAGGACGAGCUCCAGAAUCCCAUGCCACGAAAAGAACUGCCUGGACGUACUAUACUGCUCAAGGCCAAUGAGAAUCACUAG